GGACGAACGACACGGUUAACGAGGCGAGGCACAGCGGUCAAGAAUAAUCCUUGCGAGACCCCCUCUCUCCCUUUCCUGGGUCCUGUGCUGUGGUGGCUUCAGGUAUUUAGUCGUGGGGUUGUGUCGUAUGUCCCCCAAGUUACCUAGGUAAGGGUAUUCUUACUUGUUUACUUACUUACAUACAUCCUUACUGCACCUCGUACAUACAUUAAGCACCGAGGAGAGUCUUUAUUCCUUUUUGGUCCUUGAGGUCUCGGAUUCCUUCGACUGCGCUCGCGGCUCUGUCACUCAGACACGACACCACCUCGAAACCGUCGCCGGUGAGAGAGAGCGAUACACAUCACUACAAAGCUACUAUCGUUAGUGAGCUAGCUAGCUAGCUAUCCGGACAGUGAGACGGACACCGAGUACUCGCCUCAUCCCUCUCGACGUCGAGGCAUUGACCACCGACCUCUUCGAUCGACCGUCUCCCGAGAGUAGCCCAUCCGACCGCAACCUCCAGACCUCCGUCUCUACCUCCACCACAUAUCACACAAACGCACACCACACCACACCGCCCAACAUGUCGUCCUCGUCAGUCCCCGCGCUCAACACGCCCCUCACCAAGCUCCUGGGAAUCAAGUACCCGAUCAUGCUGGCCGGCAUGGCGCGCACCUCGGGCGGUCCGCUGGCCGCGGCGGUGUCCAACGCCGGCGGCAUCGGCACGAUCGGCGGGCUGGGGUACACGCCCAAGCAGUUGCAGGAGAUCAUCGACGACCUCAAAGCCAACCUGACGGACCCCUCGCUCCCGUUCGGCGUGGACCUGGCGCUCCCGCAGGUGGGCGGAUCCGCGCGCAAGACGAACCACGACUACACGCACGGGCAGCUGGACGAGCUGAUCGAGGUGACGAUCCGGAACGGGGCCAAGAUCUUCGUGAGCGCGGUCGGGGUGCCGCCCGCGCGGACGAUCAAGCGGCUGCACGAGGCGGGGAUCCUGGUGAUGAACAUGGUGGGCGCGCCCAAGCACGCGGAGAAGGCGCUGCAGGCGGGCGUGGACAUUGUGUGCGCGCAGGGCACCGAGGGCGGCGGGCACACGGGCGACAUCGCCAACAGCAUCCUCAUCCCCGCGGUGUGCGACGUGGCGAAGAGGUACCGGUCGCCGCUGACGGGGGAGCCCGCGCUGGUGGUCGCCGCGGGGGGCAUCUACGACGGGCGCAGCCUGGCCAGCUCGCUGAUGCAGGGCGCCGUGGGCGUGUGGGUGGGCACGCGCUUCGUGGCCGCCGAGGAGAGCGGCGCCAGCCGCCUGCACAAGGAGGCCGUGGUCAGCGCGGGCUUCACCGACACGCUGCGCACCCUCGUCGUCUCCGGCCGGCCCCUGCGCGUCCGCCUCAACGACUACGUCGCCAAAUGGGAGGCCCAGCCCGAGCGCAUCCGCGAGCUCACCGACAAGGGCAUCGUGCCCAUGGCCUACGACCUCGAGCAGGAGGCCGACAUCGACAUGCCCUUCCUCAUGGGCCAGGUCAGCGCCAUCAUCAAGGACAUCAAGCCCGCCAGGGAGAUUGUCGAGGAAAUGGUCACCCAGGCCGUCGACAUGUUGAAGCUCGGCGGCACAUACAUCGAGGCCGGCCCCAGGAGUAGAUUGUGAUCCGACAUGUGAGGACGUAUGGGGGUGGUCGCGUUUGAGUUGGCAUCGGAGCCAGUGUAGCUGAAACAAACAUGUCAAAGCGAGAUCACACUGACAGGGAAAUGUGUUGGAUGGGGACAUCGAUGGGAAAAAUACCACGGGCUCACGUUGUCAAUAUCCAUGUCGAUCGAACGAAAAACGCUUCAUGGGCAUUAGCUACCAACCAGUCCCGCUCGCUGAAUCCUUCCGUGACCCCUACCUAUGUACGCCGUCAUUAUCAUCUGUCACACUGUCGAAAUAACGAGUUGCCUGUUGGUUUUGGUCUCGCCUUUUGUGGUCCCAUGCCCCAUAAUCUAUAC